AUGUCAUCGAAUGAACAUGGGGAGGUGUUAAUGGGUGAUGCUGUUUGCCCGAAUUGGUUUGGCAACGAUGGCUCAGCACCACCAGCUGAAAAUAUUGAAGUUGACUCUUAUGUGACAACUUAUACAGGUUAUCCUUCAAAGUUUACAAAACUGAAUAUUUCAUUUGAUUUGAAUUUGAAUGGCUCAGGAAUAUACAGAGGAGUAGGUAUUGAGAUACAACACCUUGACCCGCUAAACAAUGAAAUGUAUUGUCAUUACAUCAAUUUUACAGACGAGCUUACCGAUAAUGAUCUCCUGACCGAGGAAGAUACAGUUAGGAGGAUAUUCUUUGACUGUUCAAGACCAGUCCGUCCUGGUGGAGAGUAUUUGAUUAAGAUAAAUACGAUGCCUUCCACUGAGAAGCCAGUGUUCAAAUAUUAUUGGCCACCAAGUUGCUUCGACAGGAAAAAUGAUGUUUAUUGUCAAACACUUGAAGAAGAUUUACCUAGUGUUUGGUCACCGUCAACCUAUAUAGUAGAUGGUGGAGGUGAUAGACGUGUUGAAUUAAUCUUCAACCUUGCGCCAUAUGACUUUGAUAUGUACCUUGUCUACCUAAAAGAGAAAGAAUUAAUUAAUGAUCAGUAUCAGCCAGUGUCACACAAGCCCCUGUACUGCCUUGAGAUACAUGUAAAAAGUAAAAAUGUGACGUCCGAACGUUGUCCAUCUCAAGAAACAUUUCAGUUUAAUGAGACUAUUUGGAAAGAAAACAAUGAAACUAUGGUAAAGAUUAUUUGGACUGAUGUCAGAGAAGCUAUAUACUAUGUUGAGAUGAAACCACGUCCAACAGCUCAGGGGCAGCAGUGUUCAACAAAUAAUGCUGUCAAUUGUUAUAUAACAACAAGGGAUGUGAUUGUCAGAGCACGACCCUGUAAAAGGAUUCCAGAUCCUUGUGAGGGAGAACACAUGACAUGCAUGGAGGAAGAAUCAGAACCUGCUUGUUUUUGUGAAAAAGGUUUUGAGAUGCAAAACGAAACUUGCAUAGAGUCACCACCUGUAUUUGAAACCUCUGUCGCACCUUCAGGGACGCUACCUGGAUUUGCAACCUCUGUCGAACCUCCAGGCAAAAGUAAAGCAGUAAUAGCAGCUGUGGUUGGAAGUUUGGUUGGUUUACUGGCAAUUGUUUUCGUUGCUUGGUUGGUCUGUAGAAAACCAGAUGGUUCGGAAAAAAAUAAUUCUUUCAUAGGUACAGGUAAUACAGUUGUUGACCAAGGUAAACUAUGUUUAUAUUCACUUCUACUGUAACAAUGAAUAAAUAUUUUUUUUUUUAAAUAAUAAUGUCAUCUUAUUAGGCGCACGUAUCCAACUCAUGGUAGAAUCUUAUCUAGUCUGGGUCUCAA